AAUUGCUUAGAUAUCGACGAGUGCAAAGUGCAACAUGGUGGUGGAUGUCAGCACGAGUGCGUCAACACAUAUGGAUCAUACAGGUGUCGCUGCCGUCCCGGUUUCACUCUCGCCGACGACGGUCGCUCUUGUGACGAACGAUUGACUGGAUGUCAAAUUGCUAAUGGUGGCUGUCAGCAUGACUGCUACGAUCAACCGGACGGUAGCCAUGUGUGCAAGUGUCGUGACGGUUACGAUCUAGGUGCCGAUGGAAAAAGUUGCAUUGGUAUGUUUACCUUGAAGUACUUGUUUUCCGCAAAUUGUAUCAAUACCUCUCAGAAGUUUAGAAGGUACUGCCAAAUGGAUUUUGCAGCAACUUCUAAAUUUAUCAUCGAUUGUAGUGAAAGGAAUGCGGUUAGAAGAUUCAAAAGAUUAUAG